GUUUCUGCCUCACCUUAGCCUUACUUAGUGUACUAGUACGUUAGCUGUACGGUAGUUGAUGUAAAGGUUGCUCCUCUGUAUCCACACCAUCUAUCUCGUUUCAGGUUUUCAGCUAGGUGUCAAAAGUGCGAGUACUAAGCAAAGUACUUGCAUGCUUGGUAGAUGUCGAUCGUGGCCAGGCGCCAGGCUUUGUAGGGUCACAAUUGAUCACUGCCAUCAAAGCUUUUUGAACUUGCGUGAUUGAUCUGUCGACCGAACUCCAAUCGCUAAGCGCAAGAUGUCAUGGUCAUUUUCCACAAUGUCACCGCUUCCGAACGCCAGCGAUCCACGACUAUUGUCCGGGUCCCUGCUAUCACCCGAACCAUUCGACUCGCCUUCUUAUACGGGCCCUGGGGGCGCCGAUCUUUCCCUCUCAGAGCUCUCACUUUCAGACAAAGACACAGAACAUUUUCAUCUUCAUGACAAACCACGUUUCAGUCUACUGGCGCCAACUGCUACAACAUCACAGACAUUAUUCUCGCCUGAUCACAGCAGAAUAUCAGAGGACGACGAAUAUGAAGAAGAAAACGAUGAGGGCUCUGAAAACGAUGCUGAUACGACUAUGAUAGGAAGGGUUGCUGCUGCGAAGGCACGGGAAGACAAGCUUCAUAGCGAUCUCUUCGUUCUCAAGAAGCUGAACGCGUCCUUUGCGUUAUUUAACGACGCGUUGCGGUCUACUCAGACUGCCACUGAGCAAGUGACAAUUCAACUCGCACAGACGGAUGCGCUUCUAGAUAAAUAUGUCAACAUGCUUGGGAAGUCGGAAGCUGUGGCUAAGCUGAUUUUUGAUGAACAAUGGGAAGGUGCAGAGGCUGAUGAGGAGUUACUUGAGCAAGAGCGACAGCAGGCUCUUGAACAGGCUCAACUAGAAAAGGAACGCCUUGAGCGGGAAGAGGCAGAACGGAGGGAAUCAGAAAAGCGUGCGCGCGCGGCUGCAGAGGAAGCUGCUCGUCGUGAAGCAGAAGAACGUACACAACGCGAAGCUGCAGCUACAAAAGCACCCCGUGGCCGCGGUACCGGUGGGUCAAGUGGAGUCCGGGGCAUUCGUGGGACAAGAGCCACAUCGGCAGCUGCAGCUGCAAGAAGUACCAAAGGCAUUCCUCGUGCAGCCUCGACGAGUGCCGCAUCGGCUAUCCCUCGCAGUCGCUCGACUAGUGCUACUGGAAACGUCGGAAGCUUAGGCGGUGGAACAAGACUUGGAUCAUCUGCAAGCCGAGGAACAGGUUUGCCGCGAGGCGUACCUAGGAGAGGUUGAGUCACAGUUCCUGUGUCC